AUAAAUGGUGAAAAUGGAUCAAUUUUAUCUUGCAAUUUCGUUGUUUCGACGCAAAAACUUUGAAAAAUGUAUAAGUGUGUGUAAUGAAUUGUUGCAAGCAAAUCCACAGCAAAAAGGACCAUGGGAGUUGAAGAUGCGAGCAAUGACUCAACGUGUUUACGUAGAUGAUAUUGAAGCCGAAGAUGGAGUGCCUGAAAGCGAUGACAUGGAUAUGAAUCGAUUGGCAACCGCUCCUCGUCCCGGUACAACUUUGCGACCCGAAACAAUGGCUAAAAAUCCACAACAAUUACUAAUAAAUAGUCGACCAAGGACAUUAAGCGGAAGACCAAUCUCGGGAAUGUCGAGACCAGGCACGAUGUCACAACGACCUGGCACUUCAAUGAAAAGUAGAACGGCACUUCGUACCGGUGGAAGUCGCAUUGAUUCAGCUCGAAACAUUCGAUUGGGUUCAGCGACAAUGUUUGCAUUGGGCGAUCCAGGCGGCGCUUUAUUUCAGACAUCGCGAUUAAAUCCUGCCGACUUUAUAAAUAAGCCGCUUGCCAAACCGUUGUUUCAAUUUCUCUACUAUCAUGAUGGUGACGUGAGAAAAGCACUUGAUUUGUGCAAAACCAUUGUUGAUCGACGACAAGGUGAAGUUUCGUGGUGGUGGCACACUCAAAUUGGUCGAUGUUAUAUUGCGCUGGGCAAUCCACGCAGUGCUGAAAAAUAUUUACGCGAUUCACUGAAGAAAUUCUCACAUGUCGACACAGCCUUAUUAUUGGCUCGAGUGUAUGUGAAAAUUGAUCAACCGCUUGCAGCAAUAGACAUCCUUGAAGAUUCGUUGAAGAAAUUCCCCGCAGAAAUUUCCCUCAUGACACAUCAAGCUAGAAUACUCGAACUGAUGGGCAAUCUACAAACUUCAGUCCGAAUGCAUCGACAAAUUGCAACCCGUGAACCAAUUAACAGUGAGGCACUCGCAUGUAUUGCCGUCCAUCAUUUCUAUGGCAAUCAACCUGAAAUGGCCUUGUUAUAUUAUCGACGAAUCCUUUCGAUGGGCGCUCACAGCUGCGAACUAUUCUGUAAUCUCGGUCUGUGCUGUUUAUAUGGUGGUCAAUUAGAUUUGGUCUUUCCGUGUUUUCAACGUGCAAUUCGACUGGCCACAACACCUGAACAACGUGCGGACACAUGGUACAAUUUAAGCUUCGUCGCAUUGACUAGUGGCGAUUUGAAUUUGGCACGUCGAUGUUUGCGUUUGUGCUUGAGUUCGGACGGUUCGCAUGGUGCGGCACUCAAUAAUUUAGCAGUGAUAUCCACUCAACUGGGUCAAUUUACAAAAGCAAAAUCUUACUUAACCGCCGCCAAAGCGGUGCUAUCAAAUGGCGAAGAGGUCGAACAAAAUAUUAAAUUAAUUUCGAAAUAUGCAUAAAUCGAUUAUGAAAAUGAAUUUAUCAUUUUUAUUAGUUAUUAAUUGAUGUUUCAGUUUGUUUUACUUUAUUUUUAGUCUGUUUCUCUCUCACACCAUUUAUGUUAUAAUGAAGA